UCUCUAACUUGGAUAACAUAUCCUCCUCUCUCUUUGGUUUCCAUUAAUGAUUAUGCCUCAAACAGAUGGAGUUGAGUUUGCUUCUGGGAACAAUGAAAACAGACAUGUUUUUGAAGAUGGGGAGCUUCAGUCUCAAUGGGCUGGUAUUGAGAGAUUACCAACUUUUGAAAGGAUCACUACUGUUUUGUUCUGCAAAAGAGAUGAAGAAGGGAAGAAAAGCGAGAGACGAGUCAUGGAUGUUUCUAAACUUGAGGAUCUUGAUCGACACCUCUUUAUUGGUGAGCUCAUCAGACAUGUUGAGAAUGAUAAUCUUCGCUUAUUGCAGAAAAUAAGGAAGAGAAUUGACGACGUUGGUAUCGAGUUACCAACGAUUGAAGUGAGGUUCAGUGAUCUUUUUGUCGAAGCAGAGUGUGAAGUUGUUUACGGAAAGCCAAUCCCAACUCUUUGGAAUGCUAUUGCAAGCAAACUAUCUAGAUUCAUGUGUUCAAAGCAAGAAAAGAAGAUCUUGAAAGGUGUCAGUGGCAUCAUAAGGCCUAAAAGAAUGACUCUGUUGGUUGGUCCUCCUGGCUGUGGUAAAACCACUCUUCUACUUGCACUAUCUGGAAGACUCGACCCUUCUUUAAAGACUAGAGGAGAAGUUAGUUACAACGGUCACCUAUUCUCGGAGUUUGUUCCUGAGAAAACAUCAUGUUAUGUAAGUCAAAACGAUCUGCAUAUUCCAGAGCUUAGUGUGAGAGAGACACUCGAUUUUUCGGGAUGUUUUCAAGGCACAGGAAGCUGUUUAGAAAUGAUUACAGAGAUUAGUAGAAGGGAGAAACUGAAAGGGAUAGUUCCAGAUCCUGAUAUAGAUGCAUACAUGAAGGCAGUUUCAAUUGAGGGUUCAAAAACUAAUCUGCAAACGGACUAUAUCCUAAAGAUCCUAGGACUCAAUAUCUGUGCAGAUACGCGUGUUGGAGAUGCUUCAAGACCAGGAAUAUCUGGUGGCCAAAAGAGAAGAUUAACUACAGGGGAGAUGAUCGUAGGUCCAAUAAAGACUCUGUUCAUGGAUGAAAUAUCGAAUGGUUUGGAUAGCUCAACUUCAUUCCAGAUUCUGUCAUGUCUCCAACAGUUUGUACGUCUAUCUGAAGGAACCAUACUGGUUUCACUGCUUCAGCCUGCACCAGAAACGUUUGAGCUUUUCGACGAUGUGAUACUUAUGGGAGAGGGAAAGAUAAUCUAUCAUGGUCCACGGGAACUUGUCUGUGGAUUCUUUGAGGAUUGCGGAUUUAAAUGUCCAAAUAGGAAAUCUGUUGCUGAGUUCCUUCAGGAGGUUAUUUCAAGGAAAGAUCAAGAACAGUAUUGGUGUCACAGAGACAAACCAUAUUGUUAUGUCUCCAUUGACUCAUUUAUUGAGAAAUUUGAAAAGUCUGAUCUUGGAUUACAACUACAAGAUGAACUCUCCAAGAUAUGUGAAAAGUCUCAGACUCACAAGGAUGCACUGUGCUUUAGAAAAUACUCACUUAGUAACUGGGAGAUGCUAAAAGCUUGUUCAAGGAGAGAGUUUCUUCUGAUGAAACGUAACUCUUUCGUUUAUGUAUUCAAAUCUGGACUUCUAAUUUUGAUUGGAUCCAUUGCAAUAACUGUAUAUUUAAGAACUGGGUCUACAAGAGAUGCUCCUCACGCUAAUUAUCUUAUGGGUUCUUUAUUCUUUUCUCUCUUUAAACUUCUUUCUGAUGGACUUCCAGAACUCACGUUGACAAUCUCGAGGAUUGCCGUGUUCUGCAAGCAAAAAGAGCUAUACUUUUAUCCAGCUUGGGCCUAUGCAAUCCCUUCCGCUAUUUUAAAGAUCCCGAUUUCAUUUCUUGAAUCGUUCCUCUGGACAUCUCUGACAUAUUAUGCCAUUGGUUACAGUCCUGAGAUGGGAAGGUUCAUCCGCCAGUUCUUGAUCUUCUUUGCUUUGCACCUUACAUGUAUAUCAAUGUUCCGUGCUAUAGCUGCCAUCUUUCGAGAUUUUGUUGUUUCCACAACCAUUGGAACAAUUUCUGUAAUGCUUCUUUCAGUAUUCGGAGGUUUCAUUGUUCGGAAAUCCACAAUGCCUGCUUGGCUUGAGUGGGGAUUCUGGCUUUCUCCAUUGUCAUAUGCUGAGAUUGGCUUAACCGCAAACGAAUUUUUCGCUCCACGGUGGAGGAAGACAACAACUGAAAACAGAACUUUGGGGGAACAAGUUCUAGAUGCUCGUGGGUUGAACUUUGGUAAUCAAUCUUACUGGAGUGCAUUUGGCGCUUUAAUUGGCUUCACACUCUUCUUCAAUACUGUUUUUGCACUGGCCUUGACCUUUCUAAAGACCUCGCUGAGGUCUCGCGUGAUUGUUUCUCGUGAGAAGAACACUCAAAGCUCAGAAAAAUAUUAUGAAUCAAGUUCUGAAACUGCUUCCCAAUUCAAAAAUGCAUUGCCUUUCAAGCCCCUAACUUUCACAUUUCAAGACGUACAAUAUUUCAUUGAGACUCCUCAGGGAAAAAAGCUGCAGCUUCUCUCUGACGUUUCAGGCGCCUUCCAGCCCGGUGUUCUCACUGCUCUAAUGGGUGUGAGUGGGGCUGGUAAAACGACUCUGCUUGAUGUUCUUUCGGGAAGGAAAACCCGUGGUGACAUUAUAGGAAAGAUUGAAGUAGGCGGUUACCUUAAGGUUCAAGAAACAUUUGCACGAGUUUCAGGUUAUUGCGAACAGUUUGAUAUCCAUUCUCCCAAUUUAACUGUCCAAGAGUCACUGCAAUACUCUGCUUGGCUUCGACUUCCUUCUAAUAUUAAUUCAGAAAUGAAGAGCGCAAUAGUCAAUGAAGUUCUUGAGACGAUAGAGCUCAAGGAGAUUAAAGAUUCCAUAGUAGGAAUGGCUGGAAUUAGCGGUUUAACAACAGAACAACGCAAAAGACUAACAAUAGCUGUUGAGCUUGUUUCCAAUCCUUCAAUCAUAUUUAUGGAUGAACCUACCACAGGAUUAGAUGCAAGAGCUGCUGCAAUUGUAAUGAGAGCUGUGAAAAACAUCGCUGAGACUGGACGAACUGUUGUUUGCACGAUUCACCAGCCGAGUAUAGAUAUCUUUGAAGCAUUUGAUGAGCUGAUUCUGAUGAAAAAUGGAGGAAAGAUUAUCUAUUGUGGGCCUCUUGGACAACAUUCAAGCAAAGUUAUUGAAUACUUUAUGAGCAUUCCUGGAGUUCCGAAAAUGAAAGAGAACUGUAAUCCAGCCACUUGGAUACUAGACCUUACUUCUAAAUCAUCAGAAGACAAACUUGGUGUUGAUUUCGCACAGAUGUACAAGGAAUCAAGUUUGUUUAAGGAGAACAAAAUGGUAAUUGAGCAAAUGAGAUGUACAUCUUUGGGAUCUGAAGGUUUAAUAUCAUCUUCACGAUAUGCUCAAACGGGUUGGGAACAAUUCAAAGCAUGCCUCUGGAAACAACAUCUCUCUUAUUGGAGAAACCCUUCCUACAAUCUCACUCGCAUCAUUUUCAUGUGUCUUACUUCUGUGCUCUGUGGUAUUCUUUUCUGGCAAAAAGCUAAGAUAAUAAACAAUCAGCAAGAUCUUUUUGACGUAUUUGGCUCAAUGUUCACGGUGGUUCUAUUCUCUGGAAUAAACAAUUGCUCAACAGUGUUAUUUUGCGUUGCAACCGAACGAAAUGUCUUCUACCGCGAAAGAUUUUCCCGUAUGUACAACUCAUGGUCGUAUUCCCUUGCUCAGGUGUUGGUUGAAAUACCAUACUCAUUUUUCCAAUCUAUUGUAUAUGUAAUACUCGUAUAUCCUAUGGUUGGCUAUCACUGGUCGGUCUACAAAGUGUUUUGGAGCUUCUACUCAAUCUUCUGCUCCUUGCUCACCUUCAACUAUUUCGGCAUGCUUUUAGUCGUUGUGACCCCAAAUGUUCACGUUGCUUUUACUCUCCGCUCUUCUUAUUACUCAAUUGUCAAUCUCUUUGCUGGUUAUGUCAUGCCGAAACCAAACAUUCCAAGAUGGUGGAUUUGGAUGUAUUACUUGAGCCCUACGUCAUGGGUUUUGAACGGAUUGCUCACAUCGCAAUAUGGAGAUAUGGAGGAAGAGAUAUUAGCCUUUGGAGAGAAGAAGAAGGUUUCAGCUUUCCUGGAAAGUUAUUUUGGCUAUAAAUAUGACUCUUUGGCUCUUGUAGCUGUCGUUCUUAUCGCCUUCCCCAUUCUCUUGGCAUCUCUUUUCGCAUUUUUCAUUGGCAAACUCAAUUUCCAAAAGAAGUGAAUCCUCGUUAUCUUCAUAUGAA